AUGGAGCAAGUACAAUCUGUGGCCACUGAGGCACGUACCGAACCGACAGAGGACAGAACGCAGGACCCGCACGCAGCUUCCGAAGCUAGCACCAACGAGAGCUCCCAGCUGCAUGCGCAGCCAACUGCUCAACAAGCCGCAAAAGGCGUCACUAUCUGCGGAGUUUGUGAAAAGGCGGCAUCAAAAUAUAAAUGCCCUCGAUGCUACUUGCCGUACUGCUCUGUUGCCUGCAACAAAAUCCACAAAGAGAACCAUCCUCCAGAUCCCGAGCCACAGCUAAUUGCAAAACCUGAAAAUCCAGAGCCGCUGAUCAGUAGUUCUCCUGUCACUCUAUCAGACCCCGCCAAUCCCUUUCGCGCACUUGAUACAUCAGAGCAUCUGCAACGGUUAUUUCGCAAGUACCCGGGCCUCAGACAGCAAUUACUCGACAUCCAUGCCGCCACACAACCUCCGCAAGAAGCUCCCGAUAAAAGAAUACCAGCCUCACUUAUGCAAGGUGUGCCAAAGAAAAGUAAUUGGAACCAUGACGUUGGCAUCAAGAAUGGGAAGGAGGCCCUACGAAGAGCUCGGAUGGCGGAUGGCGAAGCAGGCGAAGGUAUUCGAGAGUACACCGAGUUGAUUUUGCAUCUUAUCAAUAAACGAGAUGACAAAGACGAGGUUACAGCAAUGCUACAGCAGCAGGUGUCCCAGGAAGACACUAAGUUGAUUGAACAAUUGAUGGCACAAGAAAGACGGUGA